CGCACACCAUGUCCCCUCCCAUCCAGGGCGCGGGCACGCCGAGCGUAUUAACACGCGAGGGAGGUUGUGAGGGAGAUUAUAGUAUGAGAGAGUUCGGUGGCGGUCUUGCCGUAUCAUAACCCCACUCUCCUCCUUCUCUAGCCAUGGCCAUAGCUCAUAUCGCUACCGAGUACGUCUUCUCCGACUUCCUGCUCAAAGAUCCCCCGGAGUCCAAGUACAAGGGGCUGCGGCUGGAGCUGGCGGUGGAUAAGCUCGUGUCCUGCAUUGCCGUGGGGCUGCCCUUGCUGCUCAUAUCUCUGGCCUUCGCUCAGGAGAUCACUCUGGGUUCCCAAAUUAGCUGCUUUGCUCCCACUUCAUUCUCAUGGCGCCAGGCUGCUUAUGUCGACUCUUUCUGCUGGGCAGCAGUUCAGCAAAAGCACCUGUCUCAGAGCGACUCUGGUAACGUCCCCCUGUGGCUUCAUAAGUUUUUCCCAUAUAUCCUGCUCCUUGUGGCCGUUCUUCUCUACCUUCCAAAUUUAUUCUGGCGUUUCACAGCCUCCCCCCACCUCAGCUCAGACCUCAAGUUUAUCAUGGAGGAGCUUGACAAAUGUUACAACCGGGAUAUUAAAGACCUCAAGGCUGCCAAUAACCUGAACAGUUCUGACAAGAGAGAUGGAGCCAACUCCCCCAUUGUGAGCGAGAACCUUCAACAGAGCCUGUGGGAAAUCCCUCUAAGCCACUACAAGUACCCAAUCGUGGAGCAGUAUCUGAAGACGAAAAAAAAAUCCUUCGGCCUCAUCAUCAAAUAUCUAAUUUGCCGGACGCUGACGCUCGUCAUUGUGUUCACGGCCUGUAUCUAUCUGGGCUAUUAUAUCAGCCUGUUCUCUCUGACGGACGAGUUCACCUGUAACAUCCGCACCGGGAUAUUGAAGAACGACACCACGUUACCUUCUUUAGUGCAGUGCAAGCUUAUAGCCGUGGGAGUCUUCCAGCUUCUCAGUUACAUCAAUCUCAUUGUCUACGUCCUGACGAUGCCGUUUAUUAUUUACGCCAUGCUGGUUCCCUUUAGGAAAACCACCAAUGUCCUGAAAGUUUAUGAGGUGCUUCCUACAUUCAGUGUUCAGCAAGCUCCAGCCAAAGCCUACGAUGACCACAGCCUGUUCCUUCUGUUCCUGGAAGAGAACGUUAGUGAGCUGAAAUCAUACAAGUUCCUCAAGGUGUUGGAGAAUAUUAAGGAUAACGGAGAGAGUUUUGACACCAUGCAGUACUUAACUUCUUUAGGAACUGUGAAGACAGACACCGUGGAUGGAAAACUGGCAUUUAAAUGUGCAUCCGCCGUCCCAAAUAAUACAGAAAAGGAUGACGUUGAACUUGCAGUUCAGCCCUCAAGUGACAAUGCAAAAACAGAGGACAAGAAAGUUCGUCAGCGGCUGCUGGAUUCAUCCUGCUGAGUGUUAGACGUGGAUAAUUGCCAAAACCAUGUUCAGUGGGCAAUUUUCAGUGGAAUCGACGCCAUCCAUAAGGCCACGAUCUGAAAGUGUCUGUAGAAAUCCUCACUCAGGUGUAAUGGUUUUAUAGGAAAUCUAGAAGACUGGAAUUGCCAUUCUGUGCAGUUUGACCUAUCUUUCCCAAUACACUCGCUGCUGCACAGCUGUGAAAAGUGUUACCACUAUAGGGAACCUGUUCUUUAAAAGUGGGACAAUGGCCCAGACAGGUUUUUGCAACGGUCGCUUGAAAAGCUGUGUCUGCUAUUUACGGAUACUGCACCUUAGCAUCAGGGAGGUCCUGUCUGCAGAAUCCAAAUCCCAUUAUUCUGGGAGGUUUUGGGAGUUGUGCUACAGAAUACAAAUCCCAUUAUUCUGGGAGGUUCUGGGAGUUAUGCUACAGAACAACUGCACAGAAGCCAUCCGGAUCUCCCUAGCGGAAAGUAAUAUUGUAUUACAUUUUUUUUAGGGUUUACUUUUACAUUUUGUUGUUCGCAGAGGCUGUACAAUUUCUUAUUUAUGUGUAAAAUGUUAUUUAAGUGCUCAGCCACCACCAUAUUGAAUGUCAUUUUUAUUUUAAACUGUUUACAAUUCAUGCUAAGCAUUACGUAACUCUCUGGUUUUAUGCUGGUUUAGCUUUGUUUUACACCAGUGUUAUAAUGGUAUAAAUGUACUGAUCCAGCAGACCCAUGGACGGGGGCAAUGACCACAUAGUUGACCAUAUCAGCACAUCCCUGACUGUGUGAAUGAAGAUCAUGUCACUGUUUAAACUAUUUGUGAUGGAACAUUUAGGUGCACAACCUACAGGCCCGCAAGUCUGGGGUGAUUUCUCCGACUGCUGAAAGACCAGAUCAGUUCUUGGCCAUGACCCAUGCUGGAUUUAUGAACAUAGUUUCCUACGGAUGAAUCUUCAUAGCUUUGAUACUGACCCAUCUGCCUGGAUUUCAUACGUGUUUUCUAUACACAGACACAAUUGUUACCAAAGCCACUAACCCAGCCAUCCGUGUGCCUAAAGCUCUGGUUUAUCAUAAGCUCGGCCAGGGUAUUGGACUGCUUCAUUGGGUAGUGGACUCCUAAAGGAAUGAUUUAUACAUGAUAAAAUGGCGAUGUGUCUAAGGUU